UGCUAUUAGUUAAUCUACCUGAUCAAAGUGAAUCUCGUUACAUUGAUUCUUGGUUUAAGUUUGAAAAUUUCACCCAUCAAAAUGUGAUUAAUUUUGUGAAUAAUUAUGAGAAUGAUUUUCUAACACUAAUCAAUUCAAGUGACGUGACAACUAAAUGUCGAUCAUCUUUAAUCGAUUACAAAAAUGGACUAAUUAACUUCGAGUUAACAUCAGUCAAACGAUUAGAUUCAAGCGGAAAAUGGCCUAGUGGUGUUUUAGCGGGAACAUUUACCGAUUUAGGAUCAUUUGAUUCUUGUAUUUCAUUGGAAUCCAGUCAAUAUUGUCUUCUCUAUACAAAUGUCCCUUUAUUCAACGAAACGGGAUACGAAGGAUUCAUGCGUCCAUACGAACAGCAAUUAUUUAAUUUCUCUUCUCAACCAUUCCAAUAUUUCUCGAAAUAUAUUCACUUUCUUCGUCGAAUGAAUAUAACAACCGGACUAUGUGUACCUGAUGAUUGUUCGAGAGAAGAAUUGAAACAUUUGGUUGGAAAAUUUUUCGACAAAUAUAAUACUGGUUUAAUCGCUGAUGUUGAUCUUUGUUACUCUAAACCAGAGACUAUUGUAUGGAGAGCAUCAGAAGCGAUUGGACUUGGAUUAGUUGUAUUGAUUAUAUUUCUAAAUUUAAUUGGAAGUUGGUCAUCGGAGGAAUCGCUUCUUUCAUCGUUUAAUUGGUCAGCAAAUAAGAGGAAAUUAUUCACGAUUGAUAAUUCGGCUACUUAUGAAUCAUUGAGCUUCUUGGAUGGAAUCAAAGUAUUUACCAUGUUCUUGGUGGUUCUUUCUCAUUUCCAAAUGGGAAACAUGUUCAAUUUAUACAAGGACUCAUUUAAAUUUAUGGAAGCUGCUGCUAAUCCAACUUUUGUCCUGGUUUAUCUCGCUCCUUACACCGUUGAUCUUUUCCUAAUGGUAACGGGACUGCUUAUGGGCUUUUAUUUCUUCUCUGGAAAACGAAGGCUUGACCUUGUUCCUUAUAUUCUCGGUCGAUGGAUUAGAUUUUCAACUUUAAUUGGUUGGGUUAUUUGCUUGCAGUUUAUAUUUUUCGGUGAACAUUUCCACCACUAUUUUGGUGGGCCUUUGUGGAGCGACUAUAAUGCAAUUGGUUCAAUAGUCGAAUCCUGUGAAAAAACAUGGCUUCCCACUUUGCUACUUAAUCAAUUCUGGUUCGAUAGCUCAGAAGAUGUAAAUGUUUGUCUACUUUUUGACUGGUAUCUCGCGGCUGAUUUCAUCCUGGCGAUUAUUUUCCUAAUUGUUUUGGUACCUUACCUCAAAAACCACAAAAAAAUUUCACUCAUUCUUACAAUAUCUCUGAUUCUUAUUGGAAUUGUUUUGACUGGACUUGGUAUUUAUCGUCUCAAUAUACCAACAACCUGGAUAGCAACUAAUUUCCAACGUAAGCCGUUCCUACAAUACUCAUUCGACUUUAAUCUAAAACCUUGGCCUCAUAUUGGACCUUAUUUCGUUGGUGUCUUAUUUGGCUACAUAAUAUCUUAUCCCAAAUUGAAACUUUCUCAAUUAACUUUAACUUUUGGUUGGUUGAUUUGUAUAACUUGUCUGUCGAUUAAUUUCUUAUACGAAUAUGCUGUUAAUCGAUAUGGAAUUAACCCUGAAUACCCGAUUGCUUUUACUUACGGAACAAUCGCCAAGACAAUUUGGUCAAUUGGAUGGGCUUGGAUUAUAUUAAUUCUCAGAUUGGGUUAUCUACAGCCGAUCUCCAGCUAUUUAUCUCGUCCAAUUUUCAGAAUAUUUUCUCGAAUCAAUCUAUCCGUACUAUGCACCAAUUUAAUGAUAAUUCGUCUGCGUUCUGGAUCAACUAGAACACUAAAUUAUCCUAGUUACACUGAAGUUGUACUAUUUAAUUACCUUCCGGUUUACAUAAUAAUCUAUGUAAUGUCCAUUUUAUCAACUAUAUUGAUUGAAUUCCCAACAGUUAAUUUACUGAAAAGGCUAUUCACUGGUCCGAGAAAAUCCAAAAGCGAUAACAAUUACAAUAAACCAAUGGUAAUCACUAAGCUAGUAAUUACCAACGAUAGUUAAUCACAUAAUAAUGAGAUAAUCAACUAGCAGUUCAAUUUGAAUAUUGUAAAUAUAUUUAUCAAAUCAACAUGUAACUUUUUUAAAAAUCAUAUUCAAGUUU